GCUGCAAUACUGAAAGGAUAAAUACUUCUCAUUAGUAGAGGAGCGGAAAAUAACAGGAAUAUAAAAGAAUUUAAUGAUACAAAUUGGAUCAAGCUUGUUAGCUAGUAAAGAUCUGACAUUGGAUCAGUGGAACAGAGUGGCCAUGAGAGACGACGGCAGCAACCAAGAAACACUGCUAAGUUAUUCCAAGUUGGCGAUCCACAAGCUGCUGCUACUGAAAAGAAAGCAUUUUGCGCUUUUGCUUCUGAUUGGGCUCACCGGUUCAUUCGGUGCCGUCAGCUCCAGCGAGGUCGUAACAACAUUCGUCUGUGUCUUCAUCCUGGCCGUUCUAGUUCCAUUCUGCUUCCUGCUCCAAGUGGCCAGAUUCGAGACUUGUUUCCUUGGACAUAAUAAAGGAGCGAGAGGCGAGGACGAUGCAAGCAGACGGGUCAAAUGCAGUCCGCCGCGUGAGUCAUCGACCUGGUUCGCCGCGUCUGCAGCGGUGCAUCAUAUGACGGGCAACCAGAGCCUGCUUCUGACCGGCGGCCACGGCAAUGGCAACAACGGUGAGGGCGCCGUCGUCCACCAGGUGGUCAAUGGAAGAGAGCUGCCGCUGCGAGUCCGCGGAAGCGGGUCGGUGCGCACGGAGCGCAUCGUCCUCGACGACGUGUGGUACGUCCCUGGUCUGGAUUUGAACCUGGUGUCCACCGGCCAGCUCGUCAGGCAGGGUUGCGCCGUCACCCUCGGCCCCGGCCCCGGCGGCUGCCGCAUCACCAGGGCAGGCGCCCUGGUCGGGUCCGCGCGUUUCACCGAGGCGAGCAACUUCCAGCUGGACUUCCUCAACCUCGCUGAUCCCUAAUAGCGCUGCUUCAGUUUGUUUCAACGAAUACGAGUCAGUCGAAGCCGCAGAAGCCUCGGACGCCAGCGCACUGCGCUCGCUAGCGCUCGCCGUGGACACGACCGGCUAGCUCCACCUGAGAUGGUACCUAUGGCCACCCUUAUGUCCCGCCGCCUUCUCGGCCACCUUGAGGGCCACCAGCGACUUGACCCACUUGCUCGACCACGGCGGUGGAGACGGAGGGGAUCUGGCGAGCAUGUGUGUGCGUUGGGGGGGAGACUUGAUUCCGAGCGGCGAUGAGGCCGACUCCGUCGAGCGGCGGCGGCGCAGGGACGAGGAGCAGUGGAUUCGUGCAGGGGAGUUGCCCUAUCGCUCGCGAGGUGCAGUGGAUCGAUC